AUAUCUCUUCCUCUCUCUUACUCCUCUCUUCUAGCCUUUGGGCCCAGCGUUGCGUAGCACGCCCUUCUCUCUCUUGUCAAUUUAUUAUCUUUUCAUGUUCGUAUCCUUUAACGCCUUCUCCAUUCUUUGUCUCACUCACUUGCCUUUCUUGACAGCUCACAUUCGCAUUUUUUUGCUAUAAUGUCUGCUACUGAGGCCACCGCUGCUGUUUCCGCUGAGGAAGUAAAGGUCCUUGAGACCCCUGUCGUUGACCCCGAACUUGAGGUUCCCGCUGUUGAAGAGCCCACUCCUGCUGCUGAAGCACCAAAGGAGGAAGUCAAGGCUGAUGAGGCCGCCCCCGCCGUCGAGGCUGCUCCCGAUGCUCCUGCAGAGUCCCCCAAGGAGGAAGCCAAGACUGAGGUUAAGAAGGAGGAACGCCCCAAGAGCCCAGGUCUCCUUGCCAAGCUCCUUGCCCCUUUCAAGGAAGGCAAGACUAGGGUAGAGAAGAAGGUCAGGGCUCCCAAGAGUCCUAAGAAGGAGAAGAAAAAGGAAGAAUUGAAGGAGGAGGCCGCUCCUCCCGCUGAGGAGCCUGCCACAGAGGAGGCGCCUCCCACUGAGGCAAAGGUUGAGGAGACACCUGCUGUCGUCGAGCCUCCUGCCGCUGAGGAGCCUGCAGUUGAGCCUGUCAAAGAAACUGAGACCGCCGCCGCCGAGGCUCCCGCUGCAGAGCCUGCAUCUGAGGCCGCCCCGGAGACUCCGGCUGAGGCCCCGAAGGAGGAGAAGGAGGACAAAAAGGAGAAGGAAAACAGGGCUGCCAAGGUUGGCCGCCGCCUGUCUGCGCGUGUGGGCGACCUUUUCAGAUCCAAGCCAAAGACGGAGCUCUCGACUCCUGCCAAGGUGGAUGAGCAUCCCCCUGUGAUUGAUGAACCUGCUCCAGUUGCUCCCCUCGAGAACCCUGCCGGUUCGGAGCCUGCUCCCGUACAGGCUGCUGCACUUCCCACCGAGGAGACCGUCCUCGCCGAGCCUGCACCUGUUGCCGCCCCCGUGAUCUCGGCUGUCGCAUAAGCGCUUAAUCCGAGGCUGUUGGUAAUAUCAUGAACGAUACGAGCGCAUAUUCAUCUGCUCCUCUUUAUUACUUUGGUAUGUUGAGCAGUCUUUCUCACUGCACUUGGUUUUGGUCAUUAUCAGGAUCCCUUCAUUAGCUCUCCUCAUGUCUUUUUACCCUCUUCUGCUACCAUACUCGUUGGAUUUGGUCUUUGCUUUCUCUUCACGACUCUACUCAUCAUGACUACAUUCCGAUCCGUGUUUUCACUACCUAAUAUCGAUCUUGAUCAUUGAUACCCUUACUUUGCUAUGGUCGGAUCAGUUAACCAUGUCGUUAAAGUUCUAUCGUGUAAUGAUGUUGGAGGGUUGUAUGGACAUCAAGAAACCCCUUGAGCUCUU